AUGCUCUAUCUAUCUAUCUAUGCAUACAAUUACACAUCUAUCUAUCUAUACAUCCAUUCAUUUAUCUAUCUAUUCAUACAAUCACACAUCUAUCUAUCUAUCUAUCUAUCAUCUAUCUAUCUAUCUAUCUAUCUAUCUAAGUCUGCUCAUUUCUAUCUAUCUAUCUCAGUCUGCUCAUUUCUAUCUAUCUAUCUAUCUAUCUAUCUAUCUAUCUAUCUCAAUCUGCUCAUUUCUAUCUAUCUAUCUAUCUAUCUAUCUAUCUAUCUAUCUAUCUAUCUAUCUAUCUAUCUAUCUCUGCUCAUAUCUAUCUAUCUAUCUAUAUAUUCAUAUAUACACUUUCAAUGGUUCGAUCGUCCUAAUGCAAAUCAUUUGUUUGUUGAAAGGCGGUAUUUGAAAGCUAACAUUUCUUUUUUCUUUCUUUCUAAUAAAUUUCUUGCCAUUCAAUUUCUUUCUUUCUUUUUUUUAACAUUCAAUUUCUUUUUUCUUCUAUUCAAUUUCUUUUGUCUUUCUUUCCAUUCUAUUUUUCUUUCUUUCUUUCUUUCUUUCUUUUUUCUUCCUUUCUUUAUUUUUUCUCUCUUUCCAUUGAAUUUCUUUCUCCCUUUCUUCCAUUCAAUUUUUUUCUUUCUUUCUUCCAUUCAAUUUUUUUCUUUCUUUCUUCCAUUCAAUUUUUUUCUUUCUUUCUUCCAUUCAUUUUUUUUCUUUCUUUCUUUCUUUCUUUCUUACCAUUUAUUUUCCUUCUUUCUUUCCAUUCAAUUUCUUUCUCUUUUUUUCUCUUUAUCUUUCCAUUCUAUUUGUAUUUUGCUUGUUUGUUUUUUCUUUCUUUCUAUUCAACUUUUUCUUUGUUUCUUUCCAUUCACUUUUUUCUUCCUUCCUUCCUUCUUUCUUUCUUUCUUUCUUUCCAUUCAAUUUUUUCCUUCUUUCUUUCUUUUUUCUAUUCAAUUUCAUACUUUUUUUUCUUUCUAUCUUUCUCUCUGUUUCAUUCAUUCAUUCUUUCUUUCAUCAUCUUUAAAUGAUUUCUUUCUUUCGUUAUGUUGCUUGCUAUUUUCCUAUCGUUUUUUCCUUCCCAUUUUAUUUCCUUUUACAUUCAUUUAG